UAUAUAUAUAUAUAUAUUUGUCGAUCCACAUAUUUCUAUAAAAUAAUUUUAAUUUUGAGUCAUGUUAAUAAUUUGAUAAAUUUAAAAAAUAGCAUUGCAGCUAAUUAUGGACACAUUUAUUCGGAGCCAAAAAACUGAAUUGAACCAAAAAAUAAAAUCUAAACGAGUUUCAUGAAUAUCUACAUAGAUUUUAUAUCUCUGAAACAAAAAAAAAACAAAAAAAAAUCAGAACCAAACUGAAAACCAAAUGGUUCCCAAAUAUUUAAAUACAAUAUAUAUACUUAAAAUAUUAAUUAUAUUUAUUCUGAAAUAACCAAAUAUUCUAAAGUACUUUUAUAAACCAAUCAUCCAAGAAAAUGAAUUAUCCAAUUUUUAAUCAAAAAAUAUUUUUUUAUCCUAAUUAUCUGAAAUUUUAUCCCAAAAUAAUAAAAUCUUGAUAUUUUCUCUGAAAAUCCGAGUUAUGCUUAAAACUUAUUCAAAUUAAUCGAAAUUAUCUGAAAAUGGAAUCGAACUUUCCGAGUUGGACCAAAAAAACUUUUUUUUCUGAUAUUAUCUGAUUUCCAACUUUAUUAUCCAAACUGAAUCGAAAACCGAUAAUAAUUGAACUGGAUUUCGUAAAUAUCUGAAUGGAUCUUAUAUUUUAUAGAACCAAAAAGUGAAUUAACGGAACGGAACCGGAAAUUGAAAUGCCCAAAGCUAAUUGCAACCAUUCCAUGACUAAAUAGUGUUCGUUUUCUUGUUCCAUGACUAAACGUAUAUUGUGGCCUUUUCCUUAGCUUCAAUGAUUUUUCUUUACCUUGACUGCAAAAAUGUAAAUCACAUAGCACAUAAUUAAAAAUUUAGAAGUAUAAAAUAGACUGUAUUACAUUGUUUGACAAGUGAGACAUGGCCUUUUAGCUAACAAACCCCUUUGGGAACUGCACACUUUCCAUGAUCAAAUAGUAUUUUAUAACAAAGUUAGUAUGUUACUUGUUUGAUUGACAUACUAUAAGACAGUGAGCCACAAUUCUGAAUCACCUAUUCAGAGUUAUAUAAUUAAUUAAUUAUACAUUUUCUGAUCCAUUAUUUUCGGUUCGAAAUCAUUAGCUUCUCAUAAUUUGAAACAUUUGUUUAUGCAAAUAAUUUUAAUUAAUGAAAAAACUAAUUCUUUUUCAAACUAGAUGGUUAUCAGACCACUAAAAAUCUGGAUCUCUGUCACAAGAAUUAUGUUUAAUUAAUUUAUAUGUCAAGUUUAUGAAUAAUAAAGUCGCGAAAUAUUAGGACACAAGACUAUAUUAUUGCUAGGUUUUUAGUUCUAAGAAAUUGAAGUGUGAAACAUGUAUGAACUCUUUUUUCAUAUAAAAACAAAAUAGCAAUAAUUCACUCGAAAAAGAAGAUUAGUGCCCCGAAAAAGAAAGCAAAUGCACUCAAUGACCCUUUAUAAAUACUCACACUGCGAAGCUGCAUUCUCUCAACCCAACAAUAAAAACAAAAGAACUAAGAGAAAAUCAGACUCAGACCCUCCUCUGAUUCUUUCCUCAUCGACGCCGAUGGAUUCACUUACUAGUACCCAAAAGGCUAAACCAAGAAAUAUGAAGGCUGUUGUGAAGAAGUCUCGAGUUCAAAUACUCUUAGAUUUGUUUUACCGGGUGAUCCAAAUAACUGUGGUUAUGGUUACAGUGGCCAAGCUCUGUUACCAACUAAUCAUCAUGUUCGAGGACUCUGGUCUCACACGUUUUCUCAUCAACCGUCACCUUGCUUUCGUCUUGGGGAAUGCGAUAGUCAUCACUAUAGUCGCCAAGUGUGGUCUCUUUGUGGGUCAAGAACCAGAUGCACGGAGAAAUAGCAAUGAUUUUUACGACGAGUUUGUUUGGGAGAGGUCUAGACGAGAACAGACUUUACAUACAGAUGUGAUAUGCAGAGAAACACAGAGCACUGGAGAUAAGGGAGAGAAACAGAAAAAGACCGAGAACAGUGCGAAACAGAGGUCCGACGAGGAGAAAAGCAAGAAGGACGUAACUGUGGAGAGACGGAGACAAAUCAUUACCCAAAAACAGGAAAGUCCGAAGAACAGUUACGAAAGGAGUCGGUCAGAGAAACUAGAGGGCUCGAAGAAGAGUUCUUGUGGGAAGUUGAAGAGAUCGGAGACUGAGAGGCCUUCUGAUGAUUCUGAUGAUGAACUCCGAUACAAGAUCGAGUCUUUCAUUGCGAGACAGAGGAGGAACCAAAAGGAUGAAGAGUUUUGUAUUGUUUAGAUGUAAAGAAAAAUAAAAAAGCAAGGAAAAAAGAAGAAUAAGGAAAAACUUUAGUUUAUGCAAUAACAUUCACAUAUAUUUUGUGUGUUUGUAAAUAUACGGGUACAAAUAUUUCAAAGCCCGAGCAUAAAAUGUUGUUUAGCUUUUCUUUUUAUUUUCUUUGUAUAAUUUUGUUCGUUUUUGUAAAGAGAGAUAUAUAUUUUUAUUUUCUGUCAGUUUGAUGUUAAAAUGA